AAGUGGAAUAGUGGAAAGUGGAAGUGGUAGUGGAGUGGUGUCGUUGUUUGUUGUGGUGUGUUAAAGAGUUUUAAUUAUUAUAAAUUAUCCUUCUCGCAUUAUACUAGUUAGUUAUUUCAAGUAAAUAAUACUUUCCCGUCAAUUAGGGCUAUUAAAUGAUUGACUCUAAAGUAUCACGGGAUUGCUCUAAAGUACCUCAAAAGUAGAAAAACAGUUGCAACUUCACUGCACAAGAGUGAUAACAAAUCACCAUCAAAAUGCAUAGAAGUAUAGGUAAACGCAUCCGAAUGGAUGAACCGCCUCCUCCAGAAUAUGACACUAGCAAUCCAAUGACUCCGAUGGACGGAAGCAUGGCGGACUCCCAGGAGCCUUACACCCCUUACACACCUUACAGCAAUCAGUCUACACCGAUGCAUGGAGGUGUCGAUGUGUAUGGUAAUAAUCAGCAGUAUGAGCCUCAGAACAACUACGAGCAGCAACAGCAACAUCUGUAUGAGCAACAACAGCAGUAUGAGGCUCAACAGCAGCAACAACAGUAUGAGGCUCAAUUGCAACAACAACAGCAACAACAACAACAGGAGAUGGAACAAGAGAGCCCUCUCAGUCACCAGGCACAGGAUCAGACCAUGCAGGAUGUGGACAACUCCGGAUAUGAUGCUCCAGCACAAUAUGAGCAGCCAUUGACCCCACUGAACCUGCGUGGGGGACGGAUCACCAGGGCUCGGUUGAGAAAUGCAAACCAACAGAAUAAUCCACCACCACCUCCUGCUACACCUGCUAGGAAGGUAGCCACUGAAGAGAGGACUACUACGAGACGAAAGGGAGUCAAGCGGUCAUAUGCAGAAACAAUCAAUGAUGAGGACUCGAGUCUGUAUAUAAUUGUCCGCAACGGCCGUGUCACAUUGCCUAGAGCCAGCCCGACGAGAAAACGCGUUCCAGUACGACCGACGCACACACAUCCGCGAAACCGGGCCACCGCCAGCGACCACCCGCCCCGGCCCAACGACGACCGCUGUUCAUCAACACCAGCGGUCUGUGAUUUGGGCAAACCGUCCAGCAGUCACCGCCGGGCCCAACAAUAG